UGCACAUAGAAUGACGACGACCAGUGCGCGUGCGGGUGUUACCAUGGCACCGACCCGACAUCAAUGCUCGUGCCAAGAUGCGGCAGAGCAAGGGGAUGAUGGGAGACAGUAGCCGUGGUGACGGCGGAGUAGAAAAAUAUAAGCUGUUACACGAAAUCAAGAUGUCGCGAGUUUUUGGCCCUUUCUCCAUUUUUCUAACACAUUUUUUGUUUUUUUUUCAAUGUUCUACUUGUUCAGAAUUUGACUGCGAUUUUGAGAAGCCCUGUACAUGGACCUGGGCAAAGAAUCCAAGCUUUAUUGUGAUUUCUUCCACCAAUAUUUCCCAGUUUCAAACUCUACCUAAAGAGCAAGUGUCUUCGGUGCCAAAAAUGGACGCCAGAAACAAGACCGAUGGUUACUACUUGUUUUAUGCGGUCAACCAAUCAGAUUCACUAAAGUUCGCUAAAAUUGAAAGUCCUUGGUUAACGCAAGGUAGUGAAAAUCAAUGUUCUUUAGAGGUCUGGUUCCAUAUGUAUGAUAUGAAUCAAGGAACAGUCAAAAUCCUCAUAAAAAAUGACCAAUUUAUCACGUCGAUGGCAGACCACUUUUCGGGUAACAAUAGAAGCAGGUGGGAGAAUUAUAAGAAAACUAUUGGCAGAAUACCGAAACCGUUCCAAGUGAUCAUUGAGAUAGAAGAAGGCUCAGAGUUUGCCGGCCACGUGGCUAUUGAUAACUUGCAGCUGAAACAGUGUGUUCGAGAAGCAUACAUUCCUUGUUCACCAAAUCACUUCCAAUGUGAAAGCAAAUCCUGCAUCAACCGAAACAAAGUGUGUGACAUACACCUCGACUGUCAGGAAGGAGAAGACGAAGAACAGUCAUGUGAUGAAAUCCCUGAAGGUGCUCGCUGCUCUUUCGAAGACGGAAUGUGCGGUUGGGUUAGUGAGAGUAGAAGAGACAGUGAAUGGAAGCUUCAUUCUGGCCCUACACCUGUACCACGCACUGGCCCAUCUGUAGACAACACCUUCCAAAACUCUACGGGUAAAUACAUGUGGGCUAGCUUUCACCCUAAACGUGCUCGUCUUGGACACGUGGCUAUCAUGAACAGUUCCAUCUUCGAACCACCACCACUUUAUCAAUACGAUGUUCAUUCGAACUAUUACAACUCGUGCCAGGUUCGGUUUUUCUACCAUAUGUACGGGAGUAACAUGGGUGAGCUGAUACUUUACGUCCAGGAACAGGAUCCAGAAUAUUUAUUUGACAGAAAGAUCCUCCUGUGGAGAAUCUAUGGUAACCAAGGGAACCUCUGGAAAAGAGCUGCAGUUCCAUUACCGAAAUUACGUUCUAAUUUUCAUCUACAGUUUGUCGCUACUCGAGGUCUCCGACAUAGAUGUGACAUGGCGGUUGAUGAUUUAUCACUCAGCCCAGAGUGUUUCGGUAUCGGUGUUCAUAAAGAGGUACUUCAAGAGUACCAGACAACCCCGUCUCCCAAAAGCACAGUGACCGUUCAACCUUCCAACGUCUCAAAAAGAUACACAUUCACUACCUGUGGUGCGAAAGGACCUGAAGGCCCAUCAUCUGUGGAAUGUGAGAAAGCCUACUUGAAGACAGGUAUCAGAGUCGCUGUCGCUGAAGACUUUCCUUACAAAGGUGCACAAAUGUGGACGGUUCCUGAAUCAGGAGUCUACACGGUUUUCGCCACAGGUGCAGGAGGAGGUCAAGGAGUAAAAAAUCGCGAUAUUAGUCGAGGUGCUCUUCUUCGUGCAGUAUAUCGCUGGAAUGCUGGAGAAAAAAUAUUUUUCUUGGUUGGCCAACAGGGUGUCAGCGCCUGCACAAAGGAUACGCCGCUAUCGCUCAAGAGAAGGUGUUAUUCUAGACCAGAGAAAAGGAGCAUAAGAAAGUUGUGGAACAAACUUUAUAACUCGAACCAGCGUGGUGGUGGUGGCGGUGGUGGGGGUGGAACUUUUGUAUAUAAACUCCAUACUCAAUCUCACCAACCUAUUAUCUUGGCUGUGGCUGCUGGAGGCGGUGGGCUAUCGUAUAACCAACCCGAUGACCCAGAUACAGCGAUAGACCCUAAUGGACGUGGUGUCAUCCCUAGCAUCCCUCCUGGAAACGGAGUCUUUUCCCAUAACGGAGCAGGUGGAGGUGGUGGUUGGAACGACUCUAACGAUGCUGACCAAAGUUCGACAUCAGGACGAUCUUUUCUGAACGGUGCACGUGGUGGGUACGUUUGUAGAGAUGCCUUUGAAUGGAAAACACACGGGGGAUUUGGAGGUGGAGGAGGAGCUUGCACAGCAGGAGGAGGAGGGGGAGGUUACAGAGGUGGAGACGCUGCUGUUGAUGACACCUCCUAUAGCAAUGGUAAUGGCGGAACGUCUUAUUUCAAUCCAACGUCUACUAUGACCUUAGAAGAGGCUGGAGUCAAUCCUGGAGAUGGGCAAGUACAUGUAAUACCAGCCCACAGGGGCUGUGGAUGCGAGUUCCUCUGUGUAACAAUGAGUUUAGAAAACAAAACUUUCAGCUGUAUAUGUCCUCAAGGUUUUUCUCUGGGUACUGAUGGCCUAUCAUGUCUAGUGCCAAUUAAAAGCGAAAGUUUCCAUCUUCCAAUGCACCAACUGAUAGUGAUCAUUUUGUGCAUCUUUGUGACACUGGCAGUGAUAUUUUUUUUCUGCUUUUUAGGAUUCAACCGCUAUCGGAAGAGACAUAUACGAGACGUCCAUCAUGAACCAUUGAGCAACCCCGAAGUCCAGUUAAACCAACUUCGUCAGAAUGGUGGGGUGUUUACCGACUACAAUCCCAACUAUGAAUUUGGUGGAAGUAUGUACACAGUCAAGGACCUCAGCGAAAUCCCUCGAGAGAGUCUCACCUUGGUCAAAGCCUUGGGCCAAGGGGCUUUCGGGGAGGUGUACAGUGGAUACCUAAGUGAUACUCCUGUAGCUGUGAAGACCCUACCGGAACAGUCUUCCAGUCAAGCUGAAAUGGAUUUUCUUAUGGAAGCUCUAAUAAUGAGCAAAUUCAACCACCCCAAUAUUGUCCAAUUCAUGGGAGUGUGCUUUGACAAGAUGCCAAAAUUUAUUAUACUGGAACUGCUAAGUGGUGGAGACCUGAAGACAUUCUUGAAAGAUAUAAGAUCUAAAUGUAAUAAACCUAAUCUGUCUAUGAAGAAACUUUUGACAAUGGCUAUGGAUGUUGGUAAAGGUUGUCAGUAUCUGGAAGAGCAUCACUUUAUUCAUAGAUUAUACCCACUUUCAUAUCAACAAAUAAAAGUUAUCUUUGGCACGGCUAGGGCCAUCUAUCGGGCUGAUUACUAUCGAAAAGGGGGUAAGACAGUCCUACCAGUUAAAUGGAUGCCGCCAGAAGCCUUUCUAGAUGGUAUAUUUACGUCAAAAACGGAUAUUUGGUCGUUCGGAGUUCUGUUGUGGGAAGUGAUGUCACUGGGUUAUAUGCCUUACCCAGGACGAAGUAAUCAGGAAGUAAUGCAGUUAGUGACAUCUGGUGGAAGACUGGAACCCCCUUUUAUGUGUCCAAAACCAGUAUACCACAUCAUGAUGCAGUGUUGGCACCCUGUACCGGAAGAACGACCCAACUUCACCAUUAUCAUAGAACGUCUCGGUUACUGCAUGCAGGUUAAUCGCCCUCAAUGUGACCUUCAGUCACCAGGCUCGGAAGAUUACCUUAUCCCAAUGCCUUCAUCGAAUUACAGCCUGGACACUGAGAAAACAGAACUACAGUCGAGUGUUGAGUCGAUGGAGAAACUUCUUGAUCUUGAGGACAAAGCCUCAAUCUCAUCUAAAAACAACAAGAACGGCUCUCAUACCAUGGAAACGAGCUUCAUUCAGGCUGACCAAACAAACCGUGAUUUUGUUCCGAACACCAUCCAUCAAUCCCCGCUCAGUGAUGAAUGUCAAAAGGAUAACGAAAAUGAAGGAACGAAUCUUAAUGUUAGUGAUACUCAUAAUUCGAUGUCUCCCUUAAAGAGAUCUCCUGAUGCUACAUCAAAUCAUUACAACUCGGGCCACAACGUCAGCGGGAGUCCAAAGCAGAAUCAAAAUAUAAAUGAACAGUGGAAUGAAAACUGCGAAAUGAGUCCUAUUAAAAAAGCAUCAAGUAUGAGGUCUUUGGAGUCUCUGCCCUUUGUGCCAGGAGGCAACAAGCCCCCAGCGUUAUCCAACAGUGUUAGCUCUAAUGACAUCACAGGUCAAGGUCAUCGCUCUGACAUCUCACUGGACGCCUCGGCACUUUCACAACAGCUAAAUAACCAGCCCACAGCUUAUACUAACGUGGACGUGAACUCCAACAGCAUCACUAACAUCCCUGUAAAUCGACUCACCUCAUAUGGCCAUAACGUUGCUAACAAAAACCUAUAUGUCGAUAACCAUCCAACAACAAAUGAGGUUUCCAGCAUUUCUCGUAACCUGGAUUUGAAAGAAAGAGAUGCACUGUUAGAAGAUGCAGCUAGCCAGUAA